AUGAGCGCUGUGGAUAUACGGCAGUUGUUGCUCGACGGAAAGACUCAACUAGUUUGCCAGGAAGCUACUGCGAAUCCUAAAGCACUGCUAGAAACCGACGAUGAUGGGCGCAUUGCGUUGCAAUGGGCAGUUUCUCUGAAUAACCUAGAGGCGGCCACGGUGAUCUUUAAAACGACCCAGAGCCUGCGUGAUUUCAACAUUGAUCAUGCCGAUGAAGCUGGAUGGACGACUCUGCAUAUUGCUGCUUCAAUUGGUAACAAAAAACUAGUGCAGUUGUUGUUAAGCCAUGAUCCACCCGCCUCGGUCAAAACGGUGGCCAACAGUGGACAAACACCGCUGUUUGUCGCUGUUUCAAAGGGCCAUUUGGAUAUUGUUAAUAUCCUCCUAGACGCUAAGGCCUCUCCUUCCGCAAAAGACCGUAACGGCACCACCCCCCUACAACGAGCUUCUGCUGCUGGGCUGGUCGAACUGGUCGCUCGUCUUUUGGACGCCGGUGCCCCAAUAAACGCCUCUGAUAACCAGGGAUGGACGGCCCUACAUCAUGCUCAAGCUGAACGGCGUACUGAUGUUGUUGAAUUACUUCUUAGUCGUGGAGCGGACCCCGAGAAAAAAACAAAAGACGACGAGACCUAUAAGGAUUUGUGA